AUCGGCGCACUGCUGUGCGAGCGAGCCCGGCGCUUGCGCAGGAGAGGGUAGGCGGUCGCUGGCGUAUGCUUCGGUCAGGCUCAGUUCACAGCGGCUCCUCCCUCUCCCGGGUGCCAGCCCUCCCUCCCCCCUUCCUCUCCCCGGCAGCGCGGCUGCUACACCGGGUAGGUUUCCAGUCACUAUGGCGGCGGCUGCUGCUGGGAAGGUCAGAAGAAAGUUUUCGUUGUCGGCGGCCGCCUGAGAACGACACUGAGCGGGAGGCAUCCGGGCCCGGCUUCCAGGCCUCCCCCGCAGCCGGAGCAGGGCCAGCCCCGCUGGGCCAGCGGAGACCCUGCUCCUCAGGAGAGAGCGGCAAACGGCAUCCCGAUGCGCAGCCACCUGCGGAGACCCUGAGCGGAACAGAUCCCUCCCCCUUUGGCCGGGCGGCGGGAGACCUCCGGGAGAUUCCUCCCUGAGACUUAUUGUAGCUAGCCCCCGUGAGAGACACCCCUCCGCCCUCCUAAGGCGGCCCACCUCACUGAGACAUCCACCCCUGCCCCUCGUCUGAGGGGCGAUCCCUUCUUCUGUCAGCCCAACCUUCGUGAGCGCCUGCAAGUCCCCUGGCUGCCACUCCCCUCCCAGUUGAGGAGGCCCUCACCCCUUCAGUUCGUCCUGGAAGACCCUUCCUCUUAGUUUCUCCGGGGGUGGAGAAGAGUUUGAAGCCCCUCUCCACCCUUUAUCAAAUUCCAUACCUGAGUGGCCAAUUGCAACUCUAGCCUCAGGUCAGCUUUUUCUGGUGUAGGGGAAGAGAACAGUGCAGCUUUGCUACCUCUAGUCGAGGACCACCCACGCUACUUUAUCUUAAUGUCUGAAGAAAAUGAAAUGUGGACUGCCAUGUGGAUCAACUAAACUGACUGUCUUUUGUGGAGCGAAUGCUUCAUACGCAUUCUCCAUCUCUGGAUCUGGGCUGUGAGGCUGGCUGGAUGCUAAAUGUUUUUUAUCCCCUGGCUCCCGACCCCUAAAUCUUUCCUUGCUUUCAUGCUGCAUUGGUCAAAUUUUUGGUAAGUGCUGUUUACAGAAGAAGGAAAAAAAAGAAGGCAGUCUGAAUCCCCAACACAAGUAUUUGUGUGUGACUCAUCUACUUGGAUUUAAAGACAUCUCCACCUUUGGGGAGUCUUGCUUCUCUUCUGUGAAGUCAGAUGUUUGUUCCUGUUCUUCCUGAUGAGCAUGGAUUGAAAGUUGCGCCUUCUAGAUUUUUUCCAGGGUGCUGCUGAUACUGUUAAAGGACAUAAUGGGGCUUUUUCACUGGAUUAUUGCCAGGAUCAGUUUACACACUGCAACAAUGAGUUGUUAGGCAUCUCAUGUAUAGGUAACAUUUGUCCUGCUUUAAUGUAAAAUUGUGGGGGAGAUUAGGGAUAAAAAUUUUUGGAAGGCAGUCUGGAUCAGGAAGAGUUUCUCUUCAUCCCUGUUUGGCGUGACAUCCCCAAUCUGUCCUCGAUGCCUUCAGCCUUGGCUAUCUUCACUUGCCGCCCGAACUCUCACCCAUUUCAGGAGCGUCAUGUCUACCUGGAUGAGCCUGUCAAAAUCGGCCGUUCGGUGGCUCGCUGCCGGCCAGCUCAGAAUAAUGCUACUUUUGACUGUAAAGUGUUGUCCAGGAACCAUGCCCUUGUCUGGUUCGACCACAAGACAGGCAAGUUCUAUCUUCAAGACACUAAGAGUAGUAAUGGUACCUUCAUAAACAGUCAGAGAUUGAGUAGAGGAUCUGAGGAAAGCCCACCAUGUGAGAUUCUGUCUGGUGACAUCAUCCAGUUUGGUGUAGAUGUGACAGAGAACACGCGGAAAGGUAAGGUUACCCAUGGAUGUAUAGUCUCCGCAAUAAAACUAUUUCUACCAGAUGGUAUGGAAGCCAGAUUACGGUCAGAUGUCAUCCAUGCUCCAUUACCAAGUCCUGUUGACAAGGUUGCUGCUAACACUCCCAGUAUGUACUCUCAGGAACUGUUUCAGCUUUCUCAGUAUCUACAGGAAGCCUUACAUCGGGAACAAAUGUUGGAACAGAAGUUGGCCACCCUUCAGCGACUGCUUGCUGUCACACAGGAGGCUUCAGAUACUAGUUGGCAGGCUUUAAUAGAUGAAGACAGACUACUAUCAAGGUUAGAAGUCAUGGGAAACCAAUUACAAGCCUGUUCAAAAAGUCAAACAGAAGAUAGUAUACGAAAGGAAUUGGUAGCAUUACAGGAAGACAAACACAACUAUGAGACAACAGCCAAAGAGUCCCUGAGGCGGGUCCUUCAGGAGAAAAUUGAGGUGGUCAGAAAACUAUCCGAAGUGGAGCGAAGUUUAAGUAACACUGAAGAUGAAUGUACUCACCUGAAAGAAAUGAAUGAGCGGACUCAGGAAGAAUUAAGAGAAUUAGCAAACAAGUACAAUGGAGCUGUAAAUGAAAUUAAAGACCUCUCUGACAAACUGAAGGUGGCAGAAGGAAGACAAGAGGAAAUCCAACAGAAGGGUCAGGCAGAGAAAAAGGAAUUGCAACAUAAAAUAAAUGAAAUGGAAGAGCGAGAACAAGAGCUUCAGGCAAAAAUAGAAGCUUUGCAAGCAGAUAAUGAUUUCACCAAUGAACGGCUAACUGCUUUACAAGUACGGUUAGAACACCUGCAAGAGAAAACUCUUAAAGAACACAACAGCUUAGGCAUACAAGUUGAUGACUUCAUACCUAAAAUUAAUGGGAGUGCAGAAAAAGAGCACUUUCUUUCAAAGAGUGGAGGGGACUGCACUUUUAUUCAUCAGUUCAUAGAGUGCCAGAGAACUGGAGUCAGUUCCCUCCAUUUGCACCAAAAUGCUGGGCAUAUCGCAGGAUGGCACCAUAGGCACCAACCAUUGAUCCCAGACAAGUUCAUAGACGAAGGACAUCUAACCAAAGUGGAAGAAACAAAGCUUUUGAGAGAAAACCAAGCAAGAGCAAAAGAAUCUGAUUUGUCAGAUACUCUUAGUCCAAGCAAGGAGAAAAGCAGUGACGACACUACAGAUGCCCAAAUGGAUGAACAAGAGCUAAAUGAACCUAUUGCUAAAGUAUCUCUUUUAAAAGAUGAAUUACAGGGUGCACAAUCAGAAACAGAGACUAAACAAGAAAUUCAGCAGCUGCACAAGGAGCUGAUUGAAGCCCAAGAGCUAGCUAGAACAAGUAAACAAAAAUGCUUCGAACUUCAAGCACUACUGGAAGAAGAGAGAAAAGCCUACCGGCUGCAGGUUGAGGAGUCCACCAAGCAAAUACAGUUUCUGCAAGCCCAGCUGCAUAGGUUGCAGGAAGAUAUUGAGAAUCUUCGUGAGGAAAAGGAGAAUGAAAUUUCAAGCGCUCGAAAUGAAUUGUUAUGUGCUCAAGAUGAGAUUUUGCUCCUUCAGCAAGGGGCAGAAAAGGCUGCAUCAGAACGAGAAACUGAUAUUGCUGCUUUGCAAGAAGAGCUGCAGGAGGUGCGGGCUGAACUUGAACGCUGGCGGAAAGAAGCCUCCGAAUACGAAAAAGAAAUUGUCAGUCUUCAAGCCAGUUUCCAGCUGCGAUGUCAGCAGUGUGAGGAUCAGCAGAGAGAGGAAGCUACUCGUUUACAAGGUGAACUUGAAAAGUUGAGAAGGGAGUGGAGUGAUCUAGAAGCUGUAUGCCUCUCCUUAAAGAAUGAGAAUACUUUGCUUGCAUCUGAACUUCAGCGACAAGAGAAGGAGCUUCAUAGUUCUCAGAGACAGAGUUUAGCGCUAACCGGUGAUCUAAGUGUUCUUGAAAUGACCCGAAAGGAACUUGAAAAUCAAGUGGGAUCUUUGAAGGAACAGCAUCAACGCGAUGCAGCUAGUCUAAAAACUCUACUCAGUGAAGCUGAGAAUCAAGCAAAGGAUGUUCAGAAAGAGUAUGAAAAGACACAGACUGUACUCUCAGAGCUGAAGUUGAAGUUUGAGAUGACUGAGCAAGAAAAGCAAUCAAUCACAGAUGAGCUCAAACAAUGUAAAGACAACCUGAAGCUGCUACAAGAAAAAGGAAACAAUCCUUCCAUAUUACAACCCGUCCCAGCCGUAUUCAUCGGCCUAAUCCUGGCUUUCCUGUAUUGGUGUUACGGCCCAUUGUGGUAGAGAAAGAGACAAUGGCCUUGGAUGCCUCUGAUGGCAGCUUUGGUUGCUGUAACAGCUGUGGUGCUGUACCCAGGCCUAACCAGAGCUUCUCCAUGAGAACUGUUGUUGAAUCCAUUCACCGUCCUCCCUUUAGAAGCUGUCAUCACUCACAUACUGGGGAAAAACAGAUUAAUUCUCUUCCUUUUUACCUCUUAAUACAACAAAGCUCUGCGCGAGAACAGUAGUAGGGUCAUUUGCUUUAAACUGUAUAAAAUGUAUCUGUCUAUAAAGAGGGAAUAAAAUUAUGACUUCAUUCUACUGUGAGCAAUAUUUUUGCUUACAAUUUCAUGUAAUUUUUAAAUUAGUAUGUUGGGAUUCUAAAUACUAUUAUGGUGGCCUAAAGUAGGCUUCUUGGUACCAAAUUAUUUAUAAUGGGUAGGUUUGUGGAUAUUUUACUUUAGAAUCUGAUUGCCAGAUUUAAAAGAAAAACACAUUUCUGAUUUGGAUACCCAUGCCAAAUAACCUUACAGAUACUUGGAAACAGAGACAGUAUGCUCAGUGCCUUUCAGUUUGAAAUAUUUUUUUACAUUAAUGUUCCAUUCUUACUUGCUGUAAGUCACUGAGCUAGUGGGAACAAGACUUAAAAUAACUUCUCUUUCCAGGCCUUUUGAAGGAAACAAAUAUUUUGCUUCAGUAAAGAUUGUUCUAUUAAUAAUUUUGGGAAUAAAUACAAUUCAUUUCCAGCCUUAAAGAGAUAGAUAAGACAUUGGAUGGCAAACACCUGCCUAGGAUAUUGUGUGUGCGCGCGUGUGGGAGUGUGUGCUUGUGUGUGUUCUUGAGUGAACUAAGGUAUUUCUGGGAGCAAAAUCUUGGUCAUUUGAUGGACAUAGUGCAGUGAUCCAAUUUAUAUUACCUUUAGUUCGAAUGUAAUUUAUUAAAUUCAUAUAUUUAAAGAGACAUUCUUUAAAGUCUGAAUAUUUUCACACAUAUCACAUUUUAGCAACUUAUUUUUUCAGUCAUUUAAUACUUUCAAAACUGAACUGGAGAAAUAAUAUUUGUCUAUUUAGGUAAGUUUUUACUGAAAACUUCAAUAUGGGAGUGCUACAAUGCAUCUAUGGGUAACUGAAAAAAAUCCAAGAUAAGCAAGCUAUUGCCAAGUUAGUCAUCUGACUGGUCAUGUAUGCAUCAAGUUAAUAAGCUGAGAGAGUUUACUUUUGGUAAUUAGAAACUUUUGCAUCAAUGUUACAUGACACACUAUGCAUAAUAUACCUUCAUACAGUGGUCCCCAUUAAAAAGUUUAUUUCCUAGUUGAAGGGUGGCAACUGUUGUUAGUUAUCGACUUUUUGAUUGGGUAACCACUGUAGUUAAACAAUGAAUUAAGUGUUGGCUCUAGUUGUCUUGUGCAACUCAACAGUUCAGUUAAAAGUUUUAUUAAGGUCCUAUAUAAUAUACUAAAAGAUUGCAAAGUAAAAUGAAUUCAUCUAAUGGAAAUCUAAGAAUAGGAAAAUAAUCUCAGCGAAGAUUUAAUUGGCUUUAAAAUAUAUAAUGGCAAUCAACAGAUGUAGUUGAAUAUUUAAAUAGAAUUUUAGCAUAUAAUUUGCCUUGUGAGGUUUGAGGGUCAUUGUCCUUUAAUUAAAGGUUCUAUCUUAAAAUAUUUGGGAUUUGCUAAUGGGAGGAUUAUUAGGUUUAUGGAAGAAUAAGCCCACAAGUGACUUUUAGAAUAUAAUAUUGGGUCAUCUAGUUAACAUUUCAUCUUUUUCAGUUGCAGGAAGCCACCCAAUCACAAAACACUCAUAUGCCAGUGGUACUCGGUACCUCUUGUAUAUAGAUUAUUGCAAAUAUUGUUCUGAAAUGCUUUACUUCAGAAUUACAUUUUUUAAAGUAAAUAAUUGUUUUAAAUCUAUUUUGUAAAGGUAUAAAAAGUACAAUAGAAUUUCUCGAGUACAGAUUAAACUAUUUGCACUAACACACGUGAUGUGCAUGAUUUAAUAAAAUAACUUUACUCUCCAUA